AUGUCAUCUGGACUUUCUGAUCACUUCAAAGUGUAUAUCUUUGCCGAUAAAGUUGUUAUCUCAGCGGACAGUUCCUUUGAGAUAGCAAGUAAGAAAAGCGUUGUUCUUAGUAAAGUCACACAAGACAUUACAUUUGAAGAGGUGACGAUUCUUAACACCCCUGAAAGAGUCAUUGAGGCCGACGGCAUCAUUGGAAUCCACCGAAUAGAUUCCGUCGAUUACCUUAUUCUCAUUACACAGAAGACUUUAAUCACUAAAGUCCUCUCCCACAAACUCUUUAAAGUCGAGAAGUACGAGAUCGUCCCAAUCACUGAGCACACCGUCGAGGCAGACACUUUGCAUCACCACAAAGUGAUCGACCAAACUCUCUCCCUUCCGGGAUUCUUCUUCAGUUACACGUAUGACUUGACCCGUUCAUUCUACGAACAACCAAAGGACAACAACUUGGUGUAUUCCAAUUGCGAAGAAAGGUACCUUUGGAAUGCAAAUUUAGUCAAGAGAUUCCCCAAUGAUGAUAUAGUUAAUAAGUACUAUAAAUUACCAUUAAUCUGUGGGUUUGUUGGUAAAGCUGAAAGUGCUGUUGAGCCCGACGUCGUCUCUAAUGUCGUAAUCAAAAAGGUGGAGCUUGUUUUGAUCAGCAGAAGAUCCAAUAAACACGUUGGAAGACGAUUUUACACAAGAGGUGUUGAUGAGAACGGGAACUGUGCUAAUCACGUUGAAACAGAGCAGCUCGUCAUAGUCGGCGAUAACAUUUGCAGUUAUGUUCAGUUACGAGGAAGUGUGCCGGUACGCUGGUCACAAGUCCCCAAUUUCAAGUACAAACCCAAAAUUGCGAUAUGCAAAGAUGAGACGGAGAAUGUCGAAGGGAUGCGGAAGCACUUUGAAGAAGUAUUAAAGAGAUAUGACACUGUAAAAGCGGUGUCGUUAGUGGACCAGAAAGGGUCUGAGCUUCGUUUGGGUCAGAAAUAUGAAGAAGUUGUGCAUCAAUUGAGUAACCCUAAAAUUAGUAUUGAGUGUGUCGACUUCCAUAAGUUAAUGAAAAAGAUGAGCGAGUUGAUUGGGUACAUGGACAAGAUAUUUGAGAAAGAGAAUUAUGGUGCUUUUCUAUGGAAGAAAGGGGUCUUUGAAACGACACAGAAAGGCAUAUUUAGGGUGAAUUGUAUUGAUUCCUUAGAUCGAACAAAUGUGUGUGAAAGUGUGUUUGGCCGACUGACCGCACAAAACUUCUUACGAGACAAAGAUGUUGCGAUCUUGAAAGAAGACACCACCAUCAUCGAGAACUUAGCACUGAACUCGAUGUUUGUUAAUUUGUGGGCGGACAAUGGGGAUUACAUGUCGAAUGAAUACACGGGGACGGGUGCACAGAAGGCAGAUAUCACACGAACGGGCAAACGGACCUUCAGUGGGAUGGAGAAAGAUUUAGAGAAGAGUAUAGCUCGGUAUGUCAUCAACAAUUUCUUUGAUGGAGAGAUCAUUGAUAACAUGAAUACGUUCCUAGGCAAUUGUGAAGGCAAAUCUGUUGACUACAAAUUGAAUUUGCCACAACAAGUAAUGUUUGGAGGGAUGUUCUGUUCUAUUAUUCUCAUUCUCUUGUGUCUUAUUGCUAUCAUAUUCUUCGGCAAAACUGAUUUGAUGAAGGCUAUUGUGUUCUGUGGUAUUGCACUUGCUGGAUUUAUUGGUGCUGGUUUGGUGUUGAAGAAGAAAGUCACUGUCCCUCCAAAAGUAAUGAAAUUCAAAGACUAUGAGGAAGAAGAAAAGACUGAGAAGAAUGUGAACAAAGAAGAGGCAGACAUAAAGAAGACUCAAUAA